AUUUUUGUUUUGCUUGACAAGCUAACCCAAUUUUUUUCAAUCAAAGCUAGCUGGUCAACACCACAUUGAAACUAAAUAUAGCUAGCUACAUGUGUUUCUGUAAUUUCAAACUAUCUAAGUAAUGUUACUGAUGUGCUAGCCAGCAAGUGUAUCGUUGGGCACAUUUGGAAUACAAUGCCAUCUUCGAUGGAAGGAUCUUCUAGAGAAGGUGAACCGUUUAUUGUGAAACAUGAGCUGAAAAAUGCCAACCUGACCGGCCACGUAGAGAGGGUGGGAAUUGAGAACUUUGAGCUGCUAAAGGUGCUAGGAACUGGAGCCUAUGGCAAGGUGUUCCUGGUGCGUAAAGUGAGCGGUCAUGAUGCAGGUCAACUAUACGCCAUGAAGGUGUUGAAGAAGGCCACAAUCGUACAGAAGGCCAAGACAGCAGAACACACACGCACAGAGAGACAGGUUCUGGAGCACAUCAGACAGUCACCGUUCCUUGUCACCCUCCACUAUGCCUUCCAGACAGACACCAAGCUGCACCUCAUACUAGAUUAUGUGAACGGUGGGGAGCUCUUCACACACCUGGUACAGAGGGUUCGGUUCAAAGAGCAGGAGGUGUCUCUGUAUAGUGGAGAGAUAGUCCUGGCGCUGGAGCACCUACACACGCUGGGUAUAGUCUACAGAGACCUGAAGCUGGAGAACAUCCUCAUGGACUCCAGCGGACACAUAGUGCUCACAGACUUUGGCCUCAGCAAAGAGUUUGAUGAGUUGGAGAGGACUUACUCUGUCUGUGGCACCAUUGAGUACAUGGCCCCAGAGAUCGCAGAGGGAGGAGAGGCUGGCCAUGACAUGGCUGUAGACUGGUGGAGCCUUGGAGUAUUAAUGUAUGAACUUUUGACGGGUGGAUCACCAUUCACUGUCGAUGGAGACCAGAACUCUCAUACAGAUAUCGCCAAGAGGAUCUCGAAGAAGGACCCUCCGUUCCCCAAAGACAUGAGCCCUCUGGCCAAAGACCUCAUCCAGCGCCUCCUCAUCAAAGACCCAAAGAAGAGACUGGGCUCUGGGCCUGACGGAGCUGACAACGUUAAGAAACAUCCAUUCUACCAGAAGAUAAACUGGGAGGACCUGGCAGCUAAGCGGGUGCUCGCCCCGUUUAAGCCGGUGAUCAGGGAUGAGCUGGAUGUCAGCAACUUUGCGGAGGAGUUCACCGAAAUGGACCCCACCUACUCCCCUGCAGCGAUGCCUCAGAACUGUGACCGCGUCUUUCAGGGUUACUCGUUCAUGGCCCCCUCCAUCUUGUUCAAGAGAAAUGCUGUGAUGGAUGACACGCUGCAGCUGUGUGGAGGAUCAAGAUCACAGAGACCAGGGUCUGCUGCUGUGGCCCGCAGCGCUAUGAUUAAGGACUCUCUGUUUUAUAUGAACUAUGAGAUGGACUUGAAGAACAAUGCCCUUGGUGAAGGAAGCUUCUCUAUCUGUAGGCAGUGCACCCACAAGAAGACUGGACAGAUGUACGCUGUGAAGAUCGUCAGUAAGAGGAUGGAGGCUCAGACACAGAAAGAGAUCACAGCUCUGAAGCUCUGCGACGGCCACCCCAACAUCAUCAAGACUCACGAGAUUUACCAUGACCAGCUGCAUACGUACCUGGUGUUGGAGCUGCUGCGUGGUGGAGAGCUGCUGGAGAGGAUCCGGAGGAAGCAGCACUUCAGUGAGACUGAGGCCAGCCGCAUCAUGAGGAGACUGGUGUCAGCCGUCAGCCACAUGCACGAUGUAGGAGUGGUACACAGAGACCUCAAACCAGAGAACCUGCUGUUCACAGAUGAGAGUGAGAACGCUGAGAUAAAGAUCAUAGACUUUGGGUUCGCCCGGCUGAAGCCUCCAGACAACCAGCUGCUGAAGACCCCGUGUUUCACCCUGGCCUACGCCGCGCCGGAGAUCCUCAAAUACGACGGCUACGACGAGUCAUGUGACCUCUGGAGCCUGGGGGUCAUCCUGUACACCAUGCUGUCGGGUCAGGUGCCUUUCCAGUGUCAGGGGAAGAGUCUGGCCCGCACCAGUGCUGAAGAGAUCAUGAAGAAGAUUAAACAGGGAGACUUCUCUUUCGAGGGAGAGGCUUGGCGGAGUGUCUCACAGCAGGCCAAAGACCUCAUACAAGAGCUCCUGACUGUGGACCCUGACAAGCGGAUCAAGAUGUGUGGUCUGAGGUACAACACCUGGCUCCAAGACGACAGCCAGCUCUCCUCCAACCCUCUGAUGACACCUGACAUCCUGGGUUCUUCCACCACCGUGUCUGUACACACCUACGUCAAGGCUACAUUCAAUGCGUUCAACAAGUGUACGCGGGAGGGUUUCCGUCUGCAGACGGUGGACAAGGCCCCGCUGGCCAAGAGGAGGAAGUUGAAGAAGACCAGCACCAGCACAGAGACCAGGAGCAGCUCCGGAGAGAGCACCCGCUCCUCCUCCUCCUCCUCCCAGUCCCACCCGGACACCCGCUCCUCCUCCUCCUCCUCCCAGUCACACCAGGACACCCGCUCAUCCUUCUCCACCUCUUCCUCCUCCUCCUCCAGCUUGUCUCACCACAACACCCACUCCUCCUUUUCCUUCUCCCAGUCUCACCAGGACACCCUCUUCUCCUCCUCCUCCCUGUCCCACCAGGACACGCUCUUCUCCUCCUCCUCCCUGUCCCACCAGGACAACCUCUUCUCCUCCACCCUGUCCCACCAGGACACCCUCUUCUCCUCCACCCUGUCCCACCAGGACACCCACUCCUCCUCCACCCUGUCCCACCAGGACACCCACUCCUCCUCCACCCUGUCCCACCAGGACACCCACUCCUCCUCCACCCUGUCCCACCAGGACACCCACUCCUCCUCCACCCUGUCCCACCAGGACACCCACUCCUCCUCCACCCUGUCCCACCAGGACACCCACUCCUCCUCCACCCUGUCCCACCAGGAGAAGACUGGGGGAGACGGUAUCGCCGACCCUCCACCCCAACCUUCCAUCAGCUCCACCACCACCCCUGUCACCACACCCCUCUCCAUGGGCUCAGACAACGACCCCGCCCCGGAACGCUCGCCGCCUCCAGCCUUCUACUUCUCAGACUGA